GAUGAAUAGUAGGCAAUACUCCGCUAAGAAGUUGGAUAUUCUACAAUGGACGAAGAAGGAAUUGGUCGAGAGGUCCAUUAAAUUGGCGGAGAAACAAUUUUAUGAUGGUAAAACUUAUAUUGAUGAAAUUCGCAAGUGGAACAAAUGUGUUAAUACUAUGUCAAAAGUGGCUGAACUAAGCGAAUUGAGUCGUGUAUGGCAAAUUGAAGAAAUAAUUAAAUGGUGUGAAGAUCCUCAACGUAAAUUUGCUGUUGACGCAAAAAUUAUUAAUAAGUUUAAAGAGUGUUAUAGGAAAAUUAGAGAUUCUAUUCCUGACAAAUUUUCUGAAAUUGUUAAGCAAACAAAGAAAGUUUUAAAAUAUUUAGAUAAAUAUUGUAUGAGCUUUUACGAACUCGAAGAAGAUAUUAAUCUUGAGACUGCGAGGACCUACGAAACUCAGAGAAAGGAAUUGUCAGCAAAAAUUAAAACAAACGUUGAUAAAGUUGAAUAUUUAUCGCAUAAAUGGAGAACAGAAGGUUUAUUCGUCUAUGACUUAGGAGAAUACGGUAUCGAAGUAUGUAGGCGUUUAGACGUUGUUCAAGCUGCUUUUCUCGCUCUAUUUCCUACGCUUUGCGAAAAUUUACGAUUAGCUUGUGAUGCAAUGUUAACUUGGGUAGAAACGGAUAAGAAUUAUUCCCAAUUUCUUAAGAAUGAUAUAAGUGAUCUCGAGGAGAAGAGGGAAGAGCUACUUAAGGAAGUUCGUCAACACCAGCACAGAUAUCACCAGGUUAAUUAUCGUAAAAACCAGGUAGCUAAUGAGUUAGAAAAGCUAGAAGAAGAAGUUGAAAAAUUAGUAGAGAAAGAAGAUGAAUUACUUGUUGAUGUUGAAACUCUCUUGGAUAAAAGUAACAGGCUACAAAUUAAUAUGGAAAUAAAGGAGUAUCGAAGAGAUGAGUUAAUUAAGCGAAUAAACGAAUAUCCCACUAAUUUAUAUUAUGAAAAAUACAAUAAGCUGACGAAAGAUUUACGUGAUCUUAAGCACGAACUACCUGAUGUUAAAAGAAGUAUAGCUGGCUGCAAUCUAAAGUUGAAUUGGAUAACAACUAAACGAGACUCGCUACUUAGCGAAAGACAAUUGUGUAAGCAAUUAAAUAACGAACUAGAGGAAAUGAUUGAACAAAGAAUUAAAUAUGAAUUGGAAUAUCACGACGUUAUUGGUUCUUUAGAAUUAGCCAAGAAGAUUUAUUUAUACAAAACAUGUCCAGAUUCAAUUAACAAAAUAUUUCAUCAACAACCAGUCGAAGUUAAUUACGCAAGGUUACCUGGUAAACGCAGCGAGGAUGAUCCUUUUGAGAAAGCUUGCAAUAUUGUUUGUAUGACAAUUAAUACGGAUUGGCCUCAACUUUAUCGAAGUUUACCUUUUGCACCCACCAGAGGUCGGUUAACGUUGGAUAGGGAUAUAGAAGAAUUUACAGAAAGAGAAAGUAGAAAGGGUAAUGACGAAAGGGCACGUUAUGCUCUCAAUCGUUGGAGACGCUAUCACACAAGGGCUAAGCUAGAUGAUUUAAUGGAAGGUCUUAAUGGCUGUGGAAGAGCUGAUAUUGCACAGAACAUAAAUUCAAUACUUUAUCCAAAAGAUGAUGAAGAAAUAGACGAUUUCGAAGAUCCUGCAUAUAAAAUUGUUGAAGCGCAUUUAGUACCUUUUUUAAAAGAAGUUGAAAGAUUUGACGAACUAAAAGCUGCAAAUAAAAUUUAA